CCUCAUCAACAUCUGACUCAAUAAUCUUACAUGCCAUUACAUCGUCAGCAAUAUCAUCAUAUCAGUGCCAUGGACACAAACGUUAGCAUCACGUGAAAUGGAUAAGCAGUUGGACUGUUAGACAGCAGCCUUUGGAGUUUGGACAGACAAAAUCAAGAACGCUCUGUCAAGCCCACAUGGACGGCAGCGACCAUGAAAGCAGUUUCCACAGCGUGCAUAUGCGUGAACCAGUACUGCUACAACUCGUCGCAUUUGGACAGUCCCACCAGUUUUACAAGGACUUAUGUCAAUUAUCUCUGCGAAUUUAUUUGUUCUGCGUUAUCUGUUCUGCGAGGUUAUUUGUUCUGCGCAAUUUUUCCAUAGGAAUUUGGAAGGUUUUUCACCGACUAGCGCAUGGUCGUGCACAGCUGCAGAAUAUUCUUAAAUCUGUAAAAACCUGUUCCUCGUCGUUAGCAUGUGCUUUGCUUUCUCUGAGACUGCAAAGAAUUAAAUAUGUCGAUGAUCAUGUCAACGAGCCAGGAACCGGUUGCAGCCACAGGCAUUAUCAGUCGCCUAAAGCGCGCGCUAGCCAGUGGGGAUCACCAUGACGUGGAGUUUUCUGUUGGUCGUCAGUUUGGGGAGGCGAAGACGCUACAGGCACACAAAUGGCUACUGAGUAUCAGCAGUGACGUAUUUAAUCGACAGUUCUACGGUAGCCUCCCAGAGAAAUGUGACUUUCCCAUUGAUGUUCCUGAUAUUCUGCCAGAUGCGUUCCUCAAUAUGCUCAGUUUUCUGUACACGGACACCGUGGAGAACCUGAACGUCGACAAUGUAGCCCCGACCAUGUACUGCGCUGACAAAUACAACAUUCAGCCACUGCUUGAUCUGUGCUCGGAAUUCAUCAUCGGUCAACUCACGGUGGACAACUGUCUGACUGUUCUGCAGAGUGUGCGACAUCUGAACGCCGUUGUGGAGAAGUGCUUGGAAAUGGUGGAUACCAACUCCGACACCGUUCUGCAGUCGCAGCAUUUUCUGGAGAUUGAUAGCAGUGAGACGCUGUGUAUGGUCGUGUCACGCAACACACUGUCCGCUGACGAGCAUCUCAUCUAUGCGGCUGUUGAGAAGUGGGCCGCAAAUGCCAGCAAUUUACGCGAUCUGGAUCCGUCGCCGGCCAAUCGGCGUGAGGUGCUUGGACCGGCGUUGUACUGUAUACGCUACCCGCAGAUGUCAGAUGUUCAACUGACGGACGGCCCACUCAAGAGCGGUUUGCUGUACUUGGAUGAAAUGCGGGAUAUCUACCGGUACAAACAUGCCACUGAAAAACCGGCCAUUGCGUUCCCCGCCGAACCCCGCCGUCCCAUCGAGCGUCCAGCAGCUUUCCAAAUUGGGGAGGACGUGUAUCACUUUGGAGAACAAGUGAUUGCCAAGAAGCAUUAUAACUGGCAUGCGGGACGCAUCCAUGGAAUUGACGAGCCUGAGUUCCUGGUUGAGUGGGCGGAGGGUGGCCUGGUGGAGAGCCGCAGUCCGCAGGAGAUCGUGCGUGCCGCGGAUAUCCUGCAGAAGUGCCAGGAGGUGGUGGUGCUGGGUUAUGAUCGCGGGGAGAAUGAGGAGGGGUAUUAUGUCAAAAGCCUGUCGGAGGAUGAGCACCGCGUGGUGAUCCCGCAUCCGGAUGCUGUGAGGGAUGUCACGUUCCGCGAGUUGGUGGUUAUCCAUCACUACGUACUGCUUUGGAAAGCUCAGGUGGAGGCGCGUCGUCUGCUAGAGGCGAAGGGCUGUUUUUGAUUCUGUUGAUGGAUUCUACUACUGUGUUAAUGUUUUCUUAUUAACCUCUAUACUACUGUUGACUGAGCGCAAAUUAAGUAUGGGUUGCGCGAUAAAUUUACGUUUCUCAGGUUCGUAGGAUCUAUAUGUAGUGACUUACUGUGUUCUUCGACUUAAUUGGCCCCAUCAGCUAUCCUGAUCACUUUCGCUGUAUAUUUUGCAUUCCAGGAAUUAGGAUACAAUAAUUUCAACAAUACUGGUUUUUAGAUAUUAUGUAGCUACCACAUUUUGUCUGAUUUUGUGAAUACUUGUG